ACGCGGCUAUAGGUAAAUUACAGACCGUUUACUACACUCGCGUGUCCGGUGGAGCCUAACACGCGGCUAUAGGUCUUAACACCUUGAACUCAUUAUGCCAAGAUUUUCAUCAAAGCUCCCUCCUAAACUAUCAGCAGUGGGGUGGAUGGGGUGUCUCGACGAACAGCCAUCAACUUCUUAAGUGACGAGCCAUGACGGGGGUACCUGAACGUCUCUGCCGGACCCUAAACUUUACGGGUUUUCCUUCGAUUGGCAUCGUCUCGAGCCGCUCGUCGUGGAUUGCUGAGCGAGUUGCAAACACGGCCAGCUACGAUCUGACGUGCGUCUCGAUGGUGUUUCCCAGCGGCACAUCCAGGUCCCUUGCUCCACGUGUGCUUUUUAAUAUAGCCAGUCUUCGCCUGGAACGCGAUAAUCUGCAACGAACGCGAUGAAGCACUUUUGUCCCUCUCCGUGACUC